AUGUCUGUUCAGCAGAACAUGAGGGGGCAGCUGCAGGAGCGCGACAUCGGGAACCGCUCCCCGUUUCUCUCCCUCCGGGACGGGACGGGGCGGCCUUGGGGCGAUUCCCGCCCCCCCCCCGCUUUUCCCAAGCUGGCCGAGCGUUCCCGGAACUGGAGCGCGAACAACCCCCACUUUCCCGGGGCCGGCGGGGGGGCGGGGGGGGCGGGUGUCCCAUUCUGGCCAUUGGCCCGGGUCCGGCGGGAGGGCUCCCCGUGGCCUCUUGCCUCUGUGUCGCCGCCGCCACCACUCACGGGGGGCUUCACCCGGAGCCCGCUCCUGGCCAACUUAAAGGCUGACUGCUUAAAUAAGCCGUUCAUCCAGUUCUGCCAUGAACUUGUGACCGUCAUUGAACAGUUUCGAGCUAAGGAGCUGCAUUCCAUCUUUUCCUGGCUAGUAGAAAGCAUCUUUGGCAGCCUGGAUGGUGUGCUUGUAGGCUGGAACCUCCGUUGUUUACAAGGGAGAAUAAACCUGUCCGACUACAAUAUGGUGCUUGACUUCCUGGAUCCUGGAGGUCCCAUGAUGAGGUUGGUGUACAAGCUUCAAGCUGAGGAGUACAGAUAUGACUUCCCGGUCUCCUACCUUCCUGGUCCAGCAAAAGCCUCAAUACAAGAGCGGAUUUUGCCAGAAUGUUCCUUAUACCACAACAAAGUGCAAUUCCUUCCUUCUGGAGGGCCGAGUUCCCAUCUGUCCCUCAAUCCGUAUGAAUAUUACAUGUUCUACUUUGCAUUGAGCCUGCUUACGCAGAGGAGUGCCCACUUGGCCGGCCACUUCAGUACAUCCAACAGUGCCUACUUUAUCCUGGUAGAUCGGUACUUGAAGUGGUUCCUGCCCACCGAAGGAAGCGUCCUCCCACCCCCUUCCUUUGAUUUUGGAGGGGUCGUCCCAUCACCCGCUCCCCGAUCGCCAGCGAUGCCUUUCACCUCCUACGGAAUGCAUCCCACCAGCCUGCUGAAGAGGCACGUGGCUCACCAGACGUCCGUGAACGCAGACCCUACCUCCCAGGAGAUCUGGCGAUCAGAGACCUUGGUUCUGGUCUUUGUGGAAAUGUGGCUCCAUCAUUACUCCCGGGACAUGUACCAGAAAAUGCAGUCGCCUCACAUCAAGCUGGAGGUUCUUCACUACCGGCUCAGUACGUCCAGCACCUCCCACAGUCAUCCUGCCCAAUCCAGCUACCAGGCCCUCCACACAUACCAAGAUUCGUUCAGGCCCACCGAGGAACACGUCUUGGUUAUCCGCCUGUUGGUGAAGCACCUGCACGCCUUCAGCAACAGCCUGAAGCCAGAGGCGACGCAUUCGCAUGCCACCAGCCCGCUGGAGGAGUUCAAGAGGACGGUGAUUCCCCGCUUUGUUCAGCAGAAGCUCUACAUCUUUCUGCAGCACUCCUUCGGCCACUGGCCCCUGGAUGCUUCUUUCAGAGCGGUUCUGGAAAUGUGGUUGAGCUACUUGCAGCCCUGGCGGUAUGCCCCUGAGAAGCCCCUUCUGAGCGCCGAGGGGCCCCCUCGCAGCGUCUCCGAGAAGUGGGCUCCCUUUGUUCAAGAGAACCUGCUGAUGUACACCAAGCUCUUUGUUAGCUUUCUGAACCGUGCCCUCCGGACCGACCUGGUCAGCCCGAAGAAUGCCCUGAUGGUGUUUAGGGUGGCUAAAGUGUUUGCUCAGCCCAAUCUAGCUGAGAUGAUCCAGAAAGCCGAGCAGCUUUUUCUGGAGACGGACCCGGCCAUCCCUCAGCGCCACCAGCACCGCCUCUUUGCGAGCCCCUCUCUCGGGGGAAGCUUCCUGUCACCCCGGAUUCCAAACGUCACGGAUGCCUCCUUCAAGGUGAAGAGUCAGGUUUACAGCCUUGAGGGGCAGGACUUCCAGUACACACAGAUGUUCGGGCCAGAAGUCAGAAACCUGGUGCUGCGUCUGGCCCAGCAGAUCGGCCAGGCCCAGCAGAGGGCCCAGUCCAUCUCGGUCCAUUCUGUGGAGGCCAUGGCCAACCAGUCCUUUUUUUCCUGGUUCCGGUUUGGCUCUACCGACUUGAAUGGCUCCUACACCGGCAACGACCUGGAUGAAAUCGGGCAAGACAGCAUCAAGAAGACAGAUGAAUACUUGGAGAAGGCCCUGGAAUAUCUGUGUCACAUUUUCCGGUUGAACGAAGCUCAGCUUCACCAGAUGAUGAUGAACUGGGGGGCAGCUCAGGAUGAGAACGGGAAGAAGCAGCUGCCAGACUGCAUCCAGACAGAAGAUGGAGUAACUCUCACGCCCCUUGGCAGGUACCAGAUCAUCAAUGGCCUGCGCAGGUUUCAGGUGGAGUACCAAGGAGAUCCCGAGCUUCAGCCCAUCCGAAGUUACGAAAGCCCCACUCUCGUGCGCCUGUUUUACCGCCUCUCUUUGGCCAUCAAUGAGCGUUUUGCAGACCAAAUGGAAAGACUCUGUGGCCGAGGAGACUUUCUGGGCAGCUUCUGCCGCUACCACCUGACCAGCCCUGCCCUGGGGACGAAGGCCAGGCACAGCCCGAUGCCCAGGCAGCGCCAGGAGCAGGCCCAGCGGCCCCGGGUCAGCCUGAGGUUUCUGGCGAGCUACAGGGUCCUCCUCUCCUUGCUCGUGGUCUACUUCGUGGCCUCCCGGUUCUGCGUCGGCCCCGUGCCUUGCACCUUGCUCCUCCUCCUCGGAUACCUUUUCUAUGCCACGGUCAUGACCUUCUUGACGGAAAAGGGGCGGCCGCACCAACCCUGACGGGGUCUGCUGCUUUCCUGUGGCUCAUUGGGAGACCCUCCUCACCCACUCAUCAGCCCAGGCCUUGUGGGGGGG